AUAGUUCUGUGAUUGUUGAAAAGUGUGGCACUUCGAGCAUGUAACUAUUUGUAAUCAAUCGUAUGUAGAACGAACACAGAAAAUGUAGAUAAAACUUUGCCAGACAUCUAGGCAGCCUUUCUUUCCAUUAAAUUCAUAUACAUGAAACCUGAUCAUUUUUAUUCGAUACCAUACUGUUUGUAGUCAAAAUGAAAUUGGGUGGAAUUAAAUCUACGAAACGGUCGCGGAACAGAUUGAAGAGAACGUUAUUCGGUUGACUAUCCGUGAAUGAAUAAUUAAUGUCAUCGAAUUAAUUAAACUUAAAUGCCUCUCGGCAGCAAACCCGAAUGUGUCAAGUGUGGGACACAAGAAACCCCGCUUUGGCACUCGACCGAAGCCGGUAACCUUUGUAAUUCUUGUCUCGAAGAAGAGAGAAGUUCUGAAACGAGUACGAACACAAAAGCUGAAGAUGAAGACAAGGCAGGAUCGCUGAAGCCUACCAGGAGAAGCACAAGGAUUACGAGAUACUGCAAUUUGAAGUCCACUAUUCCACACAAAGUUGUACCUAAAGGAAAAGGACGAAGAAAUUUAUUUAAAAAAACUCCAGUUAAGGCACCAACAGCUACAGCAACCCCAGUUACAAGUAAUUUUGUGUUUUACAAAGGCACUUAUUUUCAAGUGGGAGAUAUUGUUUCUAUGCAAGAUAUAGAAGGAGGGACUUAUUACGCUCAAAUUCGUGGUUUACUCACAGAUCAAUACUGUGAAAAAAGUGCUGCAGUUACUUGGCUCUUGCCUACUACGGCAAGUCCACCACCAGAUGAAGGAUUUAGUCCUGAAACAUACAUUAUAGGCCCAGAAGAAGAUCUCCCACGCAAACUGGAAUGCAUGGAAUUUGUAAUGCAUGCUCCAUCAGAUUACUACAAAUUGAAAAAUACACCAUAUCCACCACCACUCACGGAAAGAAGUACUGGAUAUAUAUGGACUACACUCCGAAAUGAAAUUGCUACAUCUAAAAAAUAAUUUUUUAUUUUGUAAAUUUGUUUUAUAUCUAUCAAAAUUUUUGUUUAAUUUCUUAUAGAUAUAAAUAAUAAAGAAUCCUAUUUUAAAA